AGCCGUUUCGGCUCGAGCUCCGCCGCGGGGGAUGGCCUCUGCGGGCGGGGUGGGCUUCCCCCCGCCCCCGCCGCACUGGCGGCUCUUCCGGCAGGGGGGCGGCACGCGCGUGGCGCCGCCGCGGCCGCCGACGGGGCCGCUGCACGUCUUCGGCGAGGAGCUGUCGCUUGAGCACGCACCGCCGCUGCUGGAGGCCGACGAGGUGCUCUACGACGCGGAGGCCGAGGACCCGCGGGAGGAGCUGCUGCGGCUCCACCGGGAGCAGCGCGCCUGCUCCGUGGCGCUGCUGGAGUGCCUGGUGCGGAGGCCAGAGGACCACCCCGCAGAGCUGCGGCGGCUCGCCCAGCUGGUGCGCAACCAGGCCGCGCUGCUGCGCCUGCUGCGGGCGCGGGAGGCGCGGGCGCUGGUGGUGCAGCGCCUUCGCGAGCAGGCCGACGAGAAGGUGCGCUUCGUCGAGGCGGCCGAGGCCGCGCUGCCGCGCCUCGAGGCCAAGGUCUGGCAGCUCUGCCCGCCGGCGCCGGGCGAGCCCGCGGGCCCGCCCGCAGCAGGCGGCGCGGCGGGCGCGGCGGGCCGGCCGCGGGCGGAGGGCCCGCCCGAGGGCGGCCCGUCGCCUGCGGAGGGCAGCCGCGUGACGGAGCUGCACCUCCUCCUCCAGGCGACGGUGUGCCGGCUGCACGACGCCAUCUACGUGCUGCCCCGCCACCUCUCGAUGAUCUUCGGGGGCGCCGCGGCGCCCACGGUGGAGGGCUACGCGGAGGACCUGGUGGCCGCGAGCCGCAGGCGAGGCUCCCUGCUCCCCUCGAGGUUCGAGGCCCUGGUCCGGGACCUGCCCCCGCAGCUCCACCGCGGCCCCGCGGGCGGCGCGGAGGCGGCCGAGCUGGCGCCCCUCGUGCAGCAGGACGCCGCGGCCACGGAUACGGGCGCGGCGCCGCCCGCACGGCUUCAGGACCUGCGGAAGGACCGCUCGCGGCGCUUCGCGGAGGAGCUGGAGUUCGUGCAGUGCCUCGCGAAUCCAGACUACGUGCACUGGCUCGCCACCCAGGGGUGCCUCGACGAGCCAGAGUUCCUGGAGUUCCUGCGGUACCUCCGGUACUGGCGGGAGCCGCCCCACGUGCUCUACGUCGUGUACCCGCAGUCGCUGCGGAUGCUGGAGAUGCUGCUGGAGCCCGGCCUGCGGUCCCGGCUGCGCCGGCAGGACGCCAGGGCCCUGCUGUCCUCGCAGCUGCUGCGGGCCUGGGCCUCCGCCCCGGAGCGGCCCCUGGCCCCGCCCGCCGGGGCCCGCCCGGCACCAGAGCGGCCCGCGCUUCCCGAGGCCGCCGCCGCGCCCGCGCCCGCCGCCGCGGGCGGCGCGGCGGGCGGCGCCCUGGAUCAGUGGGACGUGCGGAGCGACUGGACGCGGCUCGCGGGCGUCGUCGCAGACGCCGCGUGGCACGAUACCGGGAAGACAGAGAGGCUGGAGGGCAGGGAGUUCACCAUUCAGACCGACGCCCAGGCCAUCGCGAGGAGGUGCCUGUACAACAGCAGGAGGGCCGAGGGCGCGUUCGUGGGCUCCACGCCGCAGGAGGUCGAGAGCGAGCUCGCGCGCUUCGUGGAGAAGUACGCGCCGACGUGGGUGGACCCGCUGGGAGGCAGCGACCUCGGGGACCUGCUGGCUGCCCGCGACCUGCCGGCGCCCAGGCCCGCGGCCGCGGCUGCCCGGGGGGCGCUGCCGGGCCCCGGCGCUGCUGGCGCACAGGACUCGGGCGCAGCCAGAGGUGACCCAUCGAGUGUUCAGUCGGGCACGUCCCUCUGCAGGGGAUACAUUCAGAAAUAG